CUUUAUCUUUUUCCCCCAAAAAAACCCCCUUUUCUCGCAGACAGAACGAGAGAGAGAGAGAGAGAGAGAGAGAGAGAGAGAGAGAUCCAUUAGGGUGAUCGUGCCCUCAUUUCUCGCAGAACCCUAACCCUAAGCACCGAUUCUGAGCGCGGAGGAACCCUAACUCCAUUUCCGGGACGAUCGAGUCCAUUACCAUUUCCGUCCGCGACCUGCGUCAAUUCGCUGAGCCGAAGCGCCCGGGAGAGAUCCCCGAGUUUUGCGCCCACUGGUCGGUUUUCUACCCCUCCCGGACCCAUCCGUUCGUCGAUCCGGUGCCCUGCGCUGCGGAAAUCAUGGAAAUCAAUGGAAAAGGAAGUUGACAUGGUGCCUGAUAACAAUAUAAGUUGUUUACUCAUUAGGAAGUUUGAUUCCCAUGCUCGAUAUGGUUUGUUUCUAGGAUUUUUGUCUAGAGAUCUGAGAAAAGAAAGUGGAUGUUCAUCCUCAAAAUUGCAAUUUGACAUUAAGCUCAAUUAUCUUAUAAGCUUUGCUUGGAGUUGUUUUGAAACAAACAUUCAUUUUGUGUAUUCUUACUGGCUAUUAAAAUAUUCAAAAGGACUGUCCGCGCAUACAGAUUUUUCAGAAGCAAGAAGUUGUUGGAUUUCUGUUAAUAUUGGACUUCUUUUGGUAGUUAAUCUCUGUUUAUUAUGAAUUAUCUUCCUUGAGCGAUGCUUCCUUGUCCACGAAAAUACUUGGUGUGAACAUUAUGCAGUUGUGGCAACAGCAAUUGAUGUACAAGCAGCUCCAAGAGCUUCAGAGACAGCAACAACUUCAGCAACUAGAUCAUGGAGCACGACAGACAAGUCCUUUUAGCCAGUUGUCUUCUAUGCCAAAACCUGCAACAGGAAAUCAGUCACCUUCAACAUUAAAUGAAAUACAUGCCAAUGGUGCAUAUAACUACAUGUGGCCAAAUAAUUUUGUUGGAGGCAUGCCCAAUUUACCUAGUAACUCUCAAAUGUUUACUGCUGACAACAACAACUCAUUGCAGUCCCGGUGCUCUGCUUCCAUGCACAAUCUUGCAAAUGGGUUUGCAUUGAAUGAUCAAGGUGAAGCUAUGCGAGCUAGGGGAUUCAACUCAGAACAGAUUAAUCAGACUCUUCAUGGCAUUCCUGUUCCUGUCACCAGCUCUGUAAAUCAAUACUCUCUCUUCAUGGGAACAUCUAAUAAUUGCCUUGAUUUGAUAAAUAGAGCAGAUGCAACCAAGGUAGAAAAGGCAUCAUAUUCAUCUAGAACUUUUCAAACUGAUCGGCGAUUAGCUGCACAAGGUUGCUUACAGGAUAAUUCUUCGGCUACUUCACAGAAGUUUCAAGGAAAACAUUUCUAUGAAAAUUCACCUGGACAAGUUUUAGGUCAUGAUGUACAAAUGAACAGUCUGCAACAUAAUGUUCAGUUUCAGGAACAUUAUGGUAGGCAAGAACAAGAUGAUUCAUCUGGUAACCUACAGGAAAAGACAAUGUCACAAGUAGGAACUUCUGGCAGUGUUGCAAGUCUCGAUCCUAUAGAACGCGAGCUCUUGUUUGGCACUGAUGACAACAACUCUGUAUUUUCAUUUGGUGGGUGUCUUAUAUCUGGCAUGGGUGAAGAUAUGCAUGGGCAUUCACCAGAGAAUGAUAAUUAUGGUGUAUUUCCUUCAAUCCAUAGUGGGAGCUGGAGUGCUCUUAUGCAAGAAGCUGUACAAGCUUCUGGUAGUGACAAGGGGCUCCAGGAAGAGUGGGCUGGCUUGAGUGUUCAAAAAUCAGAGCAACUGAUGGUAAAGCCUCAUAUCACGACGAGUGACAACGGCAAGCGGCCACCUGCUUGGGAUGAUAGAAAUCUUGAGAUUGCAUCAUCUUUUCCUUUGUUUAGUGAUGCUAAUGCAACCCCAACCUACUCCACUGCCCCUAGUGAUCGGCAUCCUUUUAAGUCUGCUCAUGAAGAGAACAAUAAGGUUUUGACUGAGGCACCCAAUGCAUCUUUGGUAUCAUCCUCUAGAGGAGCCAGUAACACUGAGUUCCAUCAGAAUCAGAGUCAAUCUCAUGUAGCAGAAGGUUGUCUUCAAGCUCAAAAGCCUUCAACUAGUGGAGUGUGGGCUGGGCAGGCCAUUGAACAGAAUGAUAAGAGGUUUGAGGAUGUACGGUUUAUUUCACAGGAGAUAGGGUGUGGUUGGGGUAACCAACAAAACCUGCCCUUGUCUAAUAUUUCUAUUCAGUCAGUUAGUAGACUAAAUGGCUGGAACACAAAUUAUCCAGUAGCAUUUAGAGAAGACAUCACUUCAAAUUAUCAUGAAACUGAUGGCAAUUUGUGCAAGACUAGUGAUAAUCAUGCGAAUCCAAAUUCUGAAUUGCAACCAGUCAAAUCCUUCAUCAGAAGUCCCAAGAUGCAAGCUGAAAAUUCCUUAGCUGGCAAUUUUCAUUCUGGUAGGGAACCUAACAACUUAAGAUUGAAUCAGGAUGUGCAACAGCAGGUAAUUAAUACUCAGCAAACUGAUUUAGAGAGACACUUUGCCCUUAACACAUGUGUGAGUGCCGAAGGUGUUCAGGAUGUUGAAAAAAACCAGAAUCGACCAAGCAAAAGACCACAAACUUGGCAAUCAUCCUUAAGUAUGUCCGUGAAAAGAUUGGGUGAGAACCAUGAGAAUGUAAGGGACAAUGGAAGAGUGGAUGUAGGUGAAGGUUAUGUUGGAAAUACAGCAAAAGAGAAGUCUUUGUCGACUGCUAAUGACCAAUAUCCUUUUGUGAUUGGAGGCCAAAAGUCCUCAAUUCAGUCUGGCCAACAUAUUGUAGAGUCUAAAAUGUUACGGAAUUCAUUGGGAAGUUUGAGGACUGUGGACCCUUCUCUCCCAUCUGAUAACCCAUUAAGCGUAAAGGGCCUGUCCAACUCAUUUUUCCAGGGAUCAAGUAGUGGGGAGCAAAAGUUUGUUGGGAAGACACAAUUUGCUGGUAACAUUGUUAUGAACAGUCCUGCAAUUGUGUCCAAGAGGACUGCAGUGGGAUCCGAGGAACUGCAGUCUAGAAAUACUAUGCCUGUUUGUGCCUCUCACAGUUCUUUUGGUGAGUCAACUGCUCAAUGUUCCCAGACUGAAACGAAUUCUCAAGCAAGCUAUAAUAUGCUUGAGCUUUUUCAGAAGUUUGAUCAGUCAAGGAACGGGAAUUAUAUAAAUGCAACUGAUCUACCUGCACAAGCUGCUGCUGAUAUUUCUGUUACUCAACUUCAGUUGGAACGGUGUUCUAACUUGAGAGGUUUUGGAUUGCAAUUGUCUCCACCAUCUCAACCACUACCAAACUAUGCACCAAUCUCUAAGACGGACAUUAAUAAUAUUAACAAUAGGCAAUUGGACAAAGAGGCAGGAUAUCAGGAUCAGCCAUGCUCUAAUUCUCUGUCUUCUGUUCGACCUGUUCCACCCCUUGAUGAAUCAUCUAGAAGAGAAAAUUGGGAUAAGAUGUCCAGCUUAUCUGGACAGAGACAAAAGGAACACCCAGAAGCAAGUAAGCAUUUUAUUUUCUCAUCACCAGCUGCUUCUGAAUCUACUUUAGCUGUAAAUCAGCUACAGGAACACCAUCAUCAGCUUCAACAACACGGUUCUAGUGCAAAAGAUCACCUAGUGCGGCAACAGCAGCAAGGGCAGCAACAAAACAUCUCUGACACAAUUGCUCAUGAAGAAUUGGAUCAAUCUGUCAAGGUUUCUUUUGGCAACCAAACUAACAUAAGUGCAUUUGUUAAAAAUGCUUCACUUGUGACGCAACCAUGUGACUCUCAUGAUGGUGUUGUACCCGGCCAAUCUAUUCAAACAUCAUUGCCUCCUGCUGGUAGAUUUCCAACUUCAGGUGUUGCUUCAUUUGCUGAAACUCAUGUACCUGUUGGUUCACAAAUUUCUUCUGGAGGGACAGAUCAUACAAAGUCGCUAUUUGCAGGCUGCUCUAAAAUUUCAAGUUCUGGCCAACAGUUACCUGUUAUGCAAACAAAGUCAGCUUCACAAUCUUCCAUAUCUGGUAUGUCUCAGCAAGUUGCCUUCUCAAAGAUGUUGCACAAUGUCUGGGCAAAUGUAUCAGCUCAACAGCAUCAAGCUGGUAUCAGUCCUCAGAAUCUCACUCCAAACAUACUUCAGUCCAUAAUAAACAAUGCUAGAGAUACAAGUUUUCAGGGCAUGCCAAAGCCAGGUGAUCAAGUACACAAGGAAGGAAGUGCAACUCCUGAUGUUGGUACGAGUUCUGCUAAGUCACGAGAUGAAGGUAAUCCAGUUCAGGUCAAAUCCUUGAAUCUGAUAUACACUGAAAAAACGGGUGAUGCUUAUAAGUCAACAAGUGCAUUCCAUGGAGAAAAAGCAGUUUUAAGACCACCCUUAGAUGGAGGCCCUAGUGUGCCGAUUUCAUCUUUGGUCCAUCUGCAUCAGCAGGAUAUUAACAAGGCAACAAAUGGACAGGCUCCAGCUCUUAGCUCUUCAGUAUUAUGUCCUCCCUUAACAAGCAAUAUCUCUUCUAGCUGUGAUAUUGGUAUAUCUGGAUGCACGUCACAGCCUUCAGAUGUUCAACAAAACUAUUCACUACUUUGUCAAGUACAAUCCAUGAAGGCUUCCGAUUCUGAUGUAAAUAAGAUGACAGGAAAGGUAUCAAAAGCAGUUGGUUCUAAUGCUUCUCAGAUGAAACUCAAUGUAGAUAAGAGGUUUGAUCUUUGGCAGAGUACAGUCUCCAGAACACCUACAGAUGGCAAAGCUGGUGCAACUUCUCAGAUUUCAAUUCCGCCAGAUCCCAAAAUGCUGAGCUUUGCUUCAAAUGACAGUGAAGAAAGAAUUCCAAGCCCAUCAACAACUGGAUGGCAUGAUGUCCAAACUCACACUUGUCCUGUCAGUGCAAGUUCCAUGAUGAAUAUAAUGGGAGUUAGUGAGCGCACCCAGCUUAGUCCUCAAAUGGCUCCUUCCUGGUUUGAUCAUCCUGAAACCUGCCAAAAGGGCUCGGUGAUGGCUGUUUAUGAUGCCCAGAGAAGUGAAAAAGCUGCUAUUCAGCAAAAUUUUUUUCAGAAAAUUCCUGCAAGGAUGGAUAAUUCCCAUGUAGUGGAACAAAGAUUUGACAGCAGCCACUUUGAUAGCUAUGGGCAAGGUGCAUUAGCCACCAAGAUGGCUCUCAGUGAAUCAUCUCCCUCAGUGCUGCCUCCUGAUGUCACCAUGGAUCAUGAUAUAAAUGUAAGAUUAAAGAAGCGGAAAACCACUACAGAUCUGUCAUGGCAUAAGAUAGUCACAGAACCACAAAGGUUGCUGAGCAUCAGUAUGGCAGAGUUGGACUGGGCUCAUACUUCAAAUAGAUUGGUUGAGAAGGUGGAUGAUGAAUCUGAAAUUAUGGAGGAUGGCCCAUUGGCGCCCCAGUCACGGCGAAGGCUAAUCCUGACAACUCAGCUGAUGCAUCAACUUAUUCCAGCAGCACCAGCUGUGCUGUUUAAAGGAGAUGCAACUUCUGCUUAUGAAAGUGUGAUAUUCUCUGUUGCCAAAUCGGCACUUUCUGACGCAUGCAACCUAAUCUCUUCCUCAGAAAGCAAUUUGCAUGUGCUGUUGGGAAAGGAAAAUAUGAUUUCUGGAGAGCUUAAGAUUUCCAAGAAGGUGGAGGAUGAUACUUUUUCAAAACUCAUGGAAGAUUUUGUUGGUAGAUCUAAGAAACUUGAAUCUGAAUUCUCAAGGUUGGAGAAGAGGGCCUCGAUAUUAGAUGUACGACUGGAGUGCCAGGAACUGGAGAAUUUCUCCAUCGUCAAUCAGUUAGGCAAGUUUCAUGGUCGGACUCGUGCAGAUGGCACUGAGGUUUCUUCCACUUCUCAAACAGCCCAUCGCAAACUCUUUCCACAGCGAUACAUAACCGCACUCCCAGCUACUGGAAAUUUUCCUGAGGGGGUUCUCUGUCUCUCACUCUAGAUCAUUUAUCGAUUGAUUUUUUUCCUUUUAAAAUGCCUAUGAUCACCAUCAACCUUGAUGUUAUUCAAUGCCCCCCUAAAAAAAAAAAACAAAAAGAAAAGAUAGAGAGAGAGAGAGAGAAUACAUCUUUCAUGAUAAGAAACAUACUUGAACAUGAAUCAGAGGGGGCUAUUCUGUCAAUUGUAAGACAAAACAACCUCAUGGGGUGCUGAUCUUUGAAAUGCGCACCCUUGGUGGUGGUUCCUUUCUUUCAAUCUGAAGUAUAUAGGCCUUUGUAUAUCAAUUAAGAUCUAGAAGGUUAGGCGCUUGCAUCAUUUUUUUUCUAACAAAUGGAGAGUAUUAUUAGCAUGGUUACAUAUGUUUUAACUCGAGUAAUAAGCUUCUUUUUCCCCA